AUCAGUAAACAUUUGGGCUCCGUCCGGCAUUUAUGUGCUCAAACCAAAUUUUUUUUUGUAUUUUUAAUUUUGAUGAUGAGUUCUAAAAAUUUAGCCAACUACACAACACAUAUUUGUAAAGAGCUGGUGCAGCCAUGCCGGUGUAUGAGGCCAAUGGGUUACCUGGCUGCCCGUUGCAUGGGAAGUUUCAAGUGCGACAAGGCGACUGUAACUGUAAAGAAGACAUGUAUACCGGUUGAGAAAAUACAGCCAGAAUACUAUAAACAGCGCAAGCCCUGCAAGCCAGAUACGGAGCUAAGGGCAAAUCCCAGUUUGGGAUACCCGCGAUGCGAUAUACCCUACAAUCCGACGUGUAUGGGGCUGUGUUUCAACAAGCCCCGUCUCGAUACGCGCCUGUACAAGCCCAGCAAGAGUCUCCAUCGUCCCUUCCAGGUCAACUGGAUAGAAUGUGUGCUGGAGAGGAAGCGUGCCAAGCGAUGCGCGGGCAAAAUAAUGCUCCCGGAGAUCAAGCGCCGCAAGAUACAGAAGCCAUAUUGUCCCCGAUGUGUGAUCCCAAAGUGCUCGACAAUGAAGCCGAUGCCGUGCAAGCCCUUUAAGCCAGCACUUCCUACAUCGGAGGAGCGCUGUAUUAAAUUCCCACUAUGCGAGUGCCCUAAGGGCAGAGAAAGGACCCGCUGCAAGAUCAAUAUGAAAGUGCAGACAACCUGCAAGCGACUGCGCACACGCUAUCCCAGUUUCUCAGAGUGUGAUGCUGCCGUGAAUGUGGCAUUAAUUAACGAGUGCUACAGUCCACCAUCCAUAUGCGAGAUGUGGCGAUCAUUCAAGAGUCGUUAUAGCGGAUAACUAAGAACUCAUUUAGAACUUUUGGGACUGUGGCUUUUCGUAUGCAACAUUAUAUCGUUCGAAACCUUUUCAAUCUAAAAUUAGGACUACAGAAAAAAAAGGGCAUUUGAGCGCUAACAACCACAUUUUUCAUUCCAAUUAGACUACAUUUUUCUGGAAAUAUCGACCCAAAUCGCUCGAAUCUUAAACAUCAAAUGGUUGUAAAAACAAGCAAGUAAACAAACCUAAAUUUUAUCCGAUGAAUCACGUUUUAACACGUGUACAAUUUCAAAAAAUUAAAAAUAAACAUAUUAAUCCGAUAUAUAAAUUCAAUUUUACGUCAUUAAAUCUUAACGAAAAAAUUUAA